AUGAGCCACACAGCCGGCUCCUGUGCGGAGCUGGUUGAGAGCUGUGCCCCGCAUGUGGCAGGGAUGGCACAGGAAGACGGCCGGCGUGCCCCGGUGCCAUCGACCUUCUAUCAUGGUGCCAGCCAGGAACUCGACCUGUCCACCAAAGUGUACAAGAGGGAGUCGGGCAGCCCUUACUCCGUGCUAGUGGACAGCAAGGUGAGCAAGCCGCAUCUCCACGAGGCAGAGGAGCAGCCGUAUUUCAGGGAGACAAGAGCCGGGCCGGACGCGCACGCCGUUAAGGAAGACCGCGAGAAUUCUGACGACAUGGAGGAGGAGGAGGAGGUCUCUUACAAAAGGGAGCAGAUCAUAGUGGAGGUAAACCUUAAUAACCAAACAUUAAAUGUGUCUAAAGGGGAAAAGGGUGUCUCUUCUCAGUCCAAAGAGACUCCUGUUCUUAAGACAAGCAGCGAGGACGACGAGAGCGAGGAGGAGCCCACCGACAACAGCAGUGACUAUGGGGAGAACACGAGGCACAAGAAGAAGGAGAAGGCGGCGGAGAAGGCCUGCGUCGCACAGAGGAGGACGCGGAGAGCCGCCUCCGUGGCCGUGGCCGCCGCCGCCGCCUCCCCCGCGCCCAGAGCCACACGCGGCCGCAGGAAGAGCGCAGAGCCCCCCAAGCGGAAGAAGCGGGCUGCCAAGGAGCCCAGAGCCCCCGUCCAGAAGGCCAAGUGCGAGGAGAAGGAGACUCUGACCUGUGAGAAGUGCCCCAGGGUGUUUAACACGCGCUGGUACCUGGAGAAGCACAUGAACGUGACUCACAGGCGCAUGCAGAUCUGUGAUAAGUGUGGCAAGAAGUUUGUCCUGGAAAGUGAGCUGUCCCUCCACCAGCAAACAGACUGUGAGAAAAACAUCCAGUGUGUUUCCUGUAACAAAUCAUUCAAGAAACUCUGGUCCCUUCACGAACAUAUCAAGAUCGUCCAUGGAUAUGCAGAAAAGAAAUUCUCCUGUGAAAUCUGUGAGAAGAAAUUCUACACCAUGGCCCAUGUGAGGAAACACAUGGUUGCGCACACGAAAGACAUGCCUUUUACAUGUGAAACCUGUGGGAAAUCGUUCAAACGCAGCAUGUCACUCAAGGUGCACUCCUUGCAGCAUUCUGGAGAGAAGCCCUUCAGAUGUGAGAACUGUGACGAGCGGUUCCAGUACAAGUACCAGCUGCGCUCGCACAUGAGCAUCCACAUCGGCCACAAGCAGUUCAUGUGCCAGUGGUGCGGCAAGGACUUCAACAUGAAGCAGUACUUCGACGAGCACAUGAAGACGCACACUGGAGAGAAGCCCUUCAUCUGUGAAAUCUGUGGCAAGAGCUUCACCAGCCGCCCCAACAUGAAGCGGCACCGCAGGACUCACACCGGCGAGAAGCCCUACCCGUGCGACGUGUGCGGCCAGCGCUUCCGCUUCUCCAACAUGCUCAAGGCGCACAAGGAGAAGUGCUUCCGGGUCACCAGCCCCGUGACCCUGCCGCCGGCCGCGCAGGUGCCCCUGACGGCCGCCCCCGCGCCCUCCGCGGUGACCACGUCCGCCGCCCCGGCCCCCGCCCUCAACAUGAACCCCGCCGGCGCGCUGCCCCCGCGGCCCGUCCCGCACCCCUUCUCGCACCUGCACCUGCACCCUCACCCCCACCACCCGCACCACCUGCCCAUCCCGCCCGUCCCGCACCUGCCCCCGCCCCCCGCGCUCUUCAAGAGCGAGCCCCUGAACCACCGCGGCCCGGGCCAGGGCGAGGACACCUUCCUGCGGCACCUGGCCGACAAGAACGGCGCGGCCCCGCACCACUGA